UUUUCACCAAUUAAAUAUAUUUUUUUCCUGAAAAUUUCAGCUCAACAGACCAAAAGGAAUGAUCAACAGUGAACUAGCAACGAAGAGGAACAGUGACAAAAGAAAAAGGCGUUUCCGUGAUUCAAGACGGUCAAGCAUGGAAACGUUGGAACUAUUUCUCCGAGAUAAGGCGCCCCUGGUUAUUACCGUCUUCCUGACGGUUGUUUGCCUGCUGUUAGUCUAUGUAUUACUCCGCGCGCUGACAGGCGAACCAACACAGGAAGAGAAACGUACGGCGAUGAUGCACGAUUCUGUUGUGGUGCCUGGGUAUCUCCCCGACAUGGCAGAGGUUGUUGUCUGGGGUCAGGGUGGGGCGGGAGUGUUCAUCGACCCCACUAAACUCAACGCUAAAAAUCAAGAGGAAUAUACACUUGGGUACAAGGAGUUCGCAUUCAACCAGUUUGUCAGUGAUCGAAUCUCAAUCAGACGGACACUGCCGGACGUGCGGCACCGGAAGUGCACGCAGUACUCACCCGACUCCCUCCCUCUGCUAGUGGCGUCCGUUAUUAUCGUGUUCCAUAACGAACCGUGGACCACUCUAAUGCGGACAGUGUACAGCGUCAUAGACAGGUCACCGCCCAGCUUGCUGAAAGAAAUUAUCCUGUUAGACAACGGCUCUACACGGUCCAGUCUAAAGUUUCCUAUUCUAGAGCGGUACCUGCAGCCUCUGGGAAAGGUGAGGGUAAUCCGUCUCCAGGAUCGGCUGGGAUUAGCGCAGGGAUUAACUCUGGGGGUGAGGGAGAUGAGCGGGGACGUGGCGGUGUUUUUGCCCCCACACUGUGAGGCGACGGAGGGCUGGCUGCCGCCCCUCCUGGGGCUGGUCGCACAGAACACCACGCGCGUCGCCGUGCCUGUCAUUGACGUCAUCAGACACGACACGUUUGAGUAUCUGAAGCCUGACGAGAACGUCCAGACGGUCAGGUCGUUCACCUGGGAUCUCAUGGCCAAGACUCGCCAGUUUCAGAACGAAACAGAGUCGCCCACUUCUUCCUUCCCCUGCCCAGCUGUGAUAGAUGGCAUUUUUGCUAUUGCAAAAGAUUUCCUGCUUUCAAUGGGUGGAUUUAAUGAACAUUUUUAUGGGAGUGAUGUGAUGUUUUUAGAUCUUUCUUUCAAAACCUGGCUGUGUGCUGGCAGCAUUCAUGUGGUGCCUUGUUCCCAUGUAGGCCAUGUCUACCCUCGCCUGGAAUCUCAGGUGUAUCAGUUCACAGAUGAGACUUUGAUCAAGGAGCGUUUGUUGCUAGCCCGCCUCUGGAUGGAGGAGUACAGUAUUUUUGUAGAGGAACACAUGGCAGCAUACCAGUAUGUUUCAAGGAGUUGGGACAGUCGCCAUAAAACUACAGCCAGGAACAGCUGUCACAGUUUUGGCUGGUUUCUUCAAAAUGUGGAGCCCACUCUUCUUCCUAAUGGAACAAUUAGCAGGAGGGGCAAGCUGACCCAGAUAGUUCCAGAUGAGACAGUGUUGACGGUCAACUCCAGAGGUGGCAGUAUUGUUGUAGAGGACUGGUACAAGCGGCCUACGUCCAUCUGGUACCUGAUGACCUCUGGUCAGCUAGUGACCAACACCUCCAUGUGUUUGGCCGCCAGAGAAAAACUGACUUACAAGCCCAAGACACAUGUGACUGAUAACUCAAAGCCACUUCUCGUAGGCUCAACGUACAAAUUUCUGCGUAAAAAAAGUCAUCUGAACACUAACCCCGUAAAUUAUGUCGACAAGAAGAGUGAACGUGUUAUUAACCCCUUGAUUACUAACAGUGAGGAAUAUAAUUUUAACCCUGUAGAGCCUGAAUCAAGCAGAAAACAGACUGGCAACAGACAAACUCUAAAUCCCUUGUUGUUUAGAGGCAAGGGUUCUGAACAAGGGGCCAAGUCCAGUGGUUUUAACCAGAAUACAUUACAAGAUGGAGAGAGUUUGCACAAGUUUAGUAUAGGGAGAAACAUCCUUCAGUACAAGGCACCAACUUCAGAAACAUUGGAGCGGACAAAAAGGCAGCUGUCACGUGAAAAUCUGGCCAGGUUGGAGGUGCCACAGCUUUUGUUGGAUGACAGUGCACCUGGUAUAGCACCUGUCACUUUACCUUUCAAUGCACCUGUAAAUGCACCUGUCGAUGCACCUGCGAAUGUACCUGUCUAUACACCUGCAAAUGCACCUGUCAAUACUCUAGUUGAUGCACCUGCAAAUGCACCUGUCAAUACUCUAGCUGAUGCACCUGCAAAUGCACCUGCAAAUGCACCUGUCAAUGCAGCUGCACCCUUAAGGAUAUUUCAUGUGCCACACAGUGAUGUGGACGCUGUGUCUGAUGUCCACUUUCUGCCAUGCCAGUCGGUGUCCAGCGCCAAGGAUUCCUGGAGUUUCAUUCAAGACGGGUUCCUGCGCCAUGACCCAACAGGCCUGUGCCUCACUGCGUACAGGAGCUUUACGGGAACCCGGGUCCUGAAACUCCUGGGCUGUGUAGACGACCACAUCAGCCAGGUUUGGCAGUUCGUUUAAACUUUCCACAUCCAAUGUGGCAACUCACAGCUUUAAAAAAUAUCUGGACACUUUCCUAGAUCUCAUAGGAUGUAGGCUGAAUUAUCCACAGCCACUGGAUCUCAUCCAUUUUUGCUAGUAGCAAUGGCCUAUAUUUCACUAUCAAAGCAUGGCCUAUACUGGACCAUCAUGGUGUGACCCAUACUUGACCAUCAAGAUGUGACCCAUACUGGACCAUUAAGAUGUGACGCAUGCUUGACCAUUAAGAUUACUGUGAUGAAAUCCUCCUGGGUGCCACACCCAGCCAAACUAGCCCAGCAACCCAAUUAUGGUAUAGGCCUGUCUGUGAUCAGUUGUUAGCACAAGUCAAACUACCCCGUUACACUAACUACCACGCUUCUGUUACAUAUUACAAUACGAUGUAAGUUACUGCGGUAUGCCCGGUGUUGUUGUUUACAGCACCAGUUGUUAGUGACUACAUAUCAUGAUUAUAUUUUAUUGCUUCCAAGUCAAGUGCUAACCAAUGCACCAACAUUUAAGGUAAAGGUGCUACUAAUAUCAUUGUUUUCCAUUUGACCAAUACAUUUACAACCCAGUUUGUCUUUCAUUCCAGUUACUAGCCAAUAGCAUUCUUAGUAUGUGCAUGAACUUCCUUGUUUGAAUCAUUUAUUUUAGCCUUAUACAUUAUAUAUAUAUAUAUAUAUAUAUAUAUAUAUAUAUAUAUAUAUAUAUAUAUAAAAUGUGU